AUGGCAACCGGGCGAUUUUCAUCGCCUAGAGUUCCUCUCCUUGAAGGGGUUUCCGGGGCUCUUUGCUCAACCCGCCUCGAACCAGACAAAUCUGGCAUUCGGGCUCGACGAGCCACGAAAUGCGGUUACCAUUCGAAGUGUGGACGACGCGAAAAAAGGGGAAAAUGUACCUUCGAGUGCUUUCUAGUGUACCCGGCCGGCGGCGAGGGUGGUAGCAUGCGGGGCUGUGAUUUAUUGCAGCCCAGCUGA